AUGGCAACUGGACAGAAGAAUAAAGAUGACACAGGGAGGUCAGAAGCCCAAGAAGAGGUCACCAUGAAGAGCGACACAACAGCGCAGGGAACGGAGAACAACAAAGAUGCGGAAAGUGGAAGCGCGAUUACGGUCAUCAAGAUGGCGCUGCGACCAGGACCUGGGGGAGGUGGCAGCUUUGUGUACCCAGUUGGAGGAAGUUUAGGUCCACAAGGUAUGGUCCCCAUGCAACAACAGCAGCAGCCUCAGCAGCAGGGCUUCCCUAUGGUUCAGGUCAUGCAGCCCAACAUGCAAGGAAUGAUGGGAAUAAAUUUUGGGGGGCAAAUGCCUCCUGGUUCCAUGCAAAUGCAGGGCGGGAUGGCCAUCGGGAUGCAGGCGCCUGGGAUGCAGUUCAUUGGUCAACCUCAGUUCAUGGGCAUGCGACCGGCUGGGCCACAGUACACGGCAGACAUUCAAAAACAAAUGGUUGAGGAACACCAAAAACGCUUGGAACAUCAGCAAAAGUUGUUAGAAGAAGACCGGAAACGACGACAGUUUGAGGAGCAGAAACAGAAGCUACGGCUGCUGAGUAGUGUGAAACCCAAGUCUCAGACAGGAGAGAAGAGUCGGGACGAUGCCUUGGAGGCAAUAAAAGGCAAUCUGGAUGGUUUCAGCCGAGACGCUAAAAUGCAUCCUACGCCAUCAGCACAAAGCAAGAAGCAAGACUCAUCGUCAUCACAUCCAUCUGUCUCCACUCACUCCCUCCCCUCAACUCUGUCAGAAGAGAAGGAUGAGUUUAGUGACUUUCAGGGUCCUGUAGAGAUGACUGCCUCCUUCCCUUGCUUUCCCUCAUCCUCCACCUCUGAUUUCACCCCUCAAGCCCACCCACAGGCUUCACCCCUUAACCAUAAGAUUUCUGAGGAUGAUGAUGAAUUUAGUGACUUUGUUCAAGGACCUGCCAAAACCUUUACCCCCGUAAACCUUAACCUGCCCUCCCAAGUGCCUUCUCAGUCCCCUUCCUUAAGGACAGGUGUGUCUUCCUCCACUCCAUCACAAACCUCUCUCUCAAUUCAUUCUGCUGUCAGCACCAGUUCCCAAGCUACAUUUCAAGGCCCGUCAUUGGAGGAAAAGCUAUUCUCAUCCUGUGACCUGACAGGUGAUAAAAUGGCCCAGGUUAGCUUUAGGUCAAAGCAGAGCAUGGCUGGAAUGGGUCCUAAGAAUAAGGUUUCAGCCCGGUUUCAUUCAAGCACCAAAGCAAGGGAUUGGGCUGCUUCCAGUGAGGACUUGAGUUCCGUCUUCACCACAGAAAGUUCUCCUGAAGUCCCUCUGUCAGCACCUGUGCAACCAGCAGCUGCUGACUCAUCCUCUCAAUCCAGUAGAGAAAGUGGUGUUGGUGUGUUUCAACAACAAGAACAUAUCCAGUCUAUAUUGCCUGCCUGGGUUUACAAUGACAGCCUUGUUCCAGAGAUGUUCAAAAAAGUUCUUGAAUUUACCAUGACUCCAGCUGGGAUCGAUACAGCCAAGCUCUAUCCCAUUCUCAUGUCAUCUGGACUUCCUCGAGAAGCGCUGGGCCAGAUAUGGGCAUCGGCCAACCGCACAACACCGGGCAUGUUGACCAAAGAGGAGCUCUACACUGUGCUCUCUCUUAUUGGUGUUGCACAGAGUGGCCUCCCAGCAAUGAAUGUGGAAAUCUUAAAUCAGUUUCCAUCUCCGCCUGUUCCUAACCUGCCCGCUCUGGCGUUGGCCUUGGCACCCGUUAUGCCACAACAGCCGCUAAUGACCCAGCCUCCAGUAUCAAUGUCCAUGCCGACUCCUGCAUCAUCUGUCAUGCCUAUGGCCCCUGCCGCGCCCGCUCAUGUACCUGCAAACACAAACUUCAUUGCCAAUUUCCCCCCUGCUCAGGCGACAAAAACAGAUGAUGAUGACUUUCAAGAUUUCCAGGAGGCGCCCAAACCCGGGACAGGAGACUCAUCUUUCACUGAUUUCCAGGGAGGGUCGAGUAGUAGCUUAUCUGCCUCUGUUCAAUCACAACCACAAAACAGCGUGCCAGCCAUGCUUACUCCUGUGUCUGGCUCCAGUUCUGCCUCAUCUUCUGAUAAAUACGCAGUCUUCAAGCAGCUGUCUUUGGAUCAGCCUGCAGAACCUCCCCCUCCCUCUUCAGACAGUGGAGACAAAUACAGUGUGUUCCGACAGCUGGAGCAAAGUGCUGACAAGAAACCAGUUGGGGAAGGAUUUGCAGAUUUCAAGUCUGUCAGUGCUGAUGAUGGCUUCACAGACUUCAAAACCGCGGACAGCAUCUCUCCAUUAGACCCUUCCGAACAAGCAAAGAUCUUUCAGCCUUCUUUCCCUUCUUCGUUUCCGAGCUCUCAGUCUCUACAGCAGCUCCCACAGCAGCAGCCAGCUGUAACUUUAACUCAGUCCAAAAACCCACUCAAUAUGGCUGACCUGGACCUGUUCUCUUCUAUUGCUCCAUCUUCUGUCUCUGGCCCCUCUGAGGCCAAAUCUAGCACAUUUCCUACUGUUGCUGUACCCCCUUCUUUAGUACUUCAUCCAGGUGGACCUAUGUCGGCAUCUGGUCCUGCAGAAGACUUUGGUGACUUCGCUUUGUUUGGUUCGACUUCUGAGGUUGCCCCAAAUGCAGCAGCAUCAGCAGGAGGCAGCUCAACUGUGCCCCAAGAUGACUUUGCAGACUUUAUGGCAUUUGGUAACUCUAGCAAGGAAACUAACAACAGUGCAGGGACUCGGCGAGAGACCUCCAGGUCUCACCAAGGCUCAGACAAGUAUGACGUGUUCAAACAGCUGUCUCUAGAGGGCGGACUGACCUAUGAUGACUCAAAAGAGAGUGGCGGGGGCUCUUUCUCUUCUCUCAAGAGUGACAAUGAUGACUUUGCAGACUUUCAAGCAUCCCAGUACUGUACAGCCCUGGGUGCCUCUGAAAAGACAUUAGUGGACAAAGUGACAGCAUUCAAACACACUAAAGAGGACUGUGCCUCUGUCAAGUCUCUCGACCUCCCGUCCAUCGGUGGCAGCAGCGUGGGAAAGGAUGACUCUGAGGACGCGCUCUCCAUGCAGCUGGACCUGAAACAUGACGUUGGUGGAGACUUGAAGCAUGUGAUGUCAGACAGCUCCUUGGACCUACCUGGACUGUCCUCCCACCAGCCCCCCGCUACAGAAGGAGAUGACAUGAAAUUUGACCACUUUGAGACCUCCGCACUCAGCACCUUGGCAAACUACGACUGGUCUGAGCAGGAGGAAUGCAUCUCUGCUGACAGAAAGCCACCAGCUCAGGAGGUGUUGUCCCUUCCUUCUUCUGACUCGACACGCCGAAAGGACUUCAGUUUUGGAAGCUCUGAAAACAUCACUGGAACCUCACUGGGGAAGUCUACCAGCUCCUUUCCCGCUGAGGACAACAAGUUUGCAGCCUUUGCAGAUUUUGGAGUUGUGGACCAGACUGGUGUUGAGGAUGAUGAUGAUGAUUUUGGGGACUUCGCCAGCACAGUUUCUGAGAAGUCCGACUCUCCGGCUGCUGUCACAGAGACGGGGUCAGACGGAACCCAGAGCGAGGCCCUGGAUGAGUUUGGGGCCUUUCAAGGAGACAAGCCCAAGUUUGGGAAGUCGGACUUUCUCAAAGCAAGCACCCAAGCCAAAGUGAAGUCCAGUGAGGAGAUGAUCAUAAAUGAGCUAGCAACUUUUGACCUUUGUGUUCAAGGUUCACAUAAGAGAAGUCACAGUUUAGGUGAGAAAGAAAUUGGGCACUCACCCCCCUCUCCAGCUCCAGAGCAACACUUCAGGGACCGCUCCAACACCUUGAAUGAGAAGCCUGCACUGCCUGUCAUAAGAGAUAAAUACAAAGACCUGACCGGAGAGGUGGAGGAGAGUGAACGUUACGCAUAUGAGUGGCAAAGAUGUCUAGAAAGUGCUUUAGAGGUAAUUACUAAAGCUAACAACACACUUAACAGUAUCAGCAGCUCAUCUGUCUGUACUGAGGUGAUCCAGUGUGCACAGGGCAUGGAGUAUCUGGUUGGUGUUGUUGAGGUGUACCGCGUCACUCGCCGCGUGGAGCUGGGCAUCAAGGCCACAGCAGUGUGUUCAGAGAAACUACAACAGCUGCUGAAAGACAUCAGCCGAGUGUGGAAUAACCUCAUUAGCUUCAUGUCACUGGCAAAGCUGGCGCCGGAUGAGACCUCUCUAGAUUUUUCCUCUUGUAUUUUACGACCUGGCAUCAAGAACGCCAAGGAGCUGGCCUGUGGAGUGUGCCUUCUGAACGUUGAUGCUCGUAGCAAGGCCUUUAACUCUGAGACGGACAACUUCAAGCUGCUGUAUGGAGGCCACAAGUACCACGCCAGCUGUGCCAACUUUUGGAUUAACUGUGUGGAGCCCAAGCCCCCUGGCCUCAUCCUGCCGGACCUCCUCUGA